AUGCCACUGCCUACCCCUGUCAGUCCUGACAGACCCGGGCGCCGCCCGCGUUCCUCAACGGGUGAACCCAUCUCGUCCCAAAAAUUGAACGAAGAGGAUGUUGAAAGACUGUUUGAGUCGACUCAUGAUCUCACCCUGAAUCGUUGCAUCAUCUCAGUCGACUUUGGCACGACGGCGUCAGCUGUCUCCACUGUCAAGAUACCCCGUGGCUGCUCCCCAGACUCCAUAGAUCCAAGAUUCAUCCGAUCUAUUGGGAAUUUCCCGGACGUCGCUAUGGUCUGUCGCCAGGACGACCCUAUGUGGUACAAGGUUCCUACUGAGGUCAUGUAUCCCGCCAAUUCACGCUACUACAAGCAAGAAGACAUCGUCCCCGAAGAAGCGAGUGACACUGACGGCGACGUCCCCAUGCGUGAUCAAAACCAUGGUGAGUCCGAUGAGAGCGAUGACGAGGACGCCGAUGAUCCGCAGAGCUUUCGCUGGGGAUACCAAGUUGGCCAUCUCUGGUCCAUCCCUACUGCCCACAGCAACCAGAUGACCUGUCCCCUCGCGCGUUUCAAGCUCCUCCUGGAUAAGAGCAAGACUACCAAACCCGUCAGAUCUCAUCUCGGAAAGACUUUGAAGCCACUUUGCAACAGGAUGGUCAUCAAGAACGACUACCAGCCCAUCACCGACUUUCUCUCCCAUUUGCUAGCUCACACCAAGUCUGAGCUCGCGAAGGAGGGCGUCGACGGCAGCUGGCAGUUUGAAGUCGUCCUCUGUGUCCCUGCCAUCUGGGACCCCAAGGCCCUUCGCAUUAUGCAGACAUGUCUGGCGCUUGCCAUGAAACGCGCCAAGUUCCCGGGCGUUGACAUUGAAAACAACAGCAUUGAAAGAUUGUUUAUUGUUUCUGAGCCAGAAGCUGCAGCAACCUACAUGGUGAGCCAGAACUAUGGCUUCAGAGUGAUAACCCCUCGCAGGCCCAGGACCUCAAGUCUCACAGCAGCAGGCGGGCUCUGCGGUUCCAGCUACCUCAACGAGUACUUCAGAGAGCACCUCCUCAAGCUUCUUGAAAACCAAACCCAGCUUGAAGUCAACGGAGUCACCAUCAGGGGUAUUGUCGAGUUUAUCAUGAUGAAGUUCGAGACCACCCACAAGCGGUGCUGGGACAUCUACCUCAACAAAAAGAAGCUGUCUCUCUUUGUUUCUGGAAAUCUGAAGCCGGGUAAAGGCCUGAAGGGCAACUCAAUGUUUCUCAGACUUUUUGUGCAGAUUGGAGAUAUCUUGAAGAACCAGAUAAUCCCUGCAAGCAACUAUGGUUACAACGUCGAUAGGGUCAUUCUGAUGGGAGGUUUCUCUGGCUCCCCUUCUUUGCAGAAAUGGUUGGAAAAGUUUCUAGAGGGUCUGUGCAAGAGCCGCGGGCUUCGUCCCAUCAAGCUGAGGAUGGCUGUGAAUGCCGUCUCCCAAGGUGCCAUACUUCGAGCCCUUGACAAGAAGAAUGGACCAGCGAGAUUUGCCAGAUCUAGCUAUGGCCUUUUGCGCUCGGAGCCUUGGGGCAAUCAUAUCGAGCAUAGCGGGCAGAACUACUCUGUUGACCCGGUCACUGGGGAACACUAUGUACUGAACACCAUAGAAUGGGUGUUGAAGAAGGGAGACAAGAUUGGGCCGAAUUGGGUCAGCGAAAAGCCAUUGGAAACAGUGCAUUACAUCGAGUAUGGCCACCCACUCUUCUGUCAAGAGGUAAUAUACGUCUCAGACACGGCGACCAAGUCUCACUACCGAGUAACACACAAAAAGAACAAAGGUGCCCAAAAAGCCGGCACACUCGUGGUUGACUUCACCUUUCUCCAGAAAGAAGGCCUCAUCAAGCCCAUCGAGCCAGAGGUUGGCAAGAAUGGCAAGCUGAUCGGUAAGAGACACUGGAAGGUGGAGUUUCUCAUCUAUCUCAAGAUGAUUGGUCGAGACUUGAACGGCAAGGUCAUCAACAGCUGCCGGAUCAACAUUGCCCCUGGCUUUGACAUGGGGACUAUGUAG